CAAUGGGAAGGGAGGAGAGCAUCCUUCCUCCGUUGUUCUCCUGCUGGGUUAACGCGCGGGUAAAGUUGCUCAUUUGGACGCACCCGGGCCGCGUCUGUGGUCCGGAUCACCGGGGGUGCAUGUGGGUGUGCGUGAGGGCGAGGAGGGGGAUGUGGUUUUGGUGAUGGUCUCACAGAGUAGCCGAGUCUGUCUGGCGAACCCCACGCGUCCAGGCGAGGUGGAGAGAGAGAGAAAAAAAAGGAGGGGGGGGGACAAGCAGAGGCAGAGGCAGACAAUGCGGUUUCGCGAUGCGCUUAUUCCUCCGUUCAAUUUACGCCCGCAUUCACGAUAACAUGGUGAGCCGAAGCCGUGGGAGAAGAAUUCCUCGUGAUCUGGCUUUUUUUCUCAUAUUUUCCUAAACGCGCUCAACACAUUCCUUUACGAUUUGGCUGAGAACCAAGCAACAGAGAUGAAAUUUCCAAUAGAAAACCCGAGGAAACAAGUUAACUGGGACCCUGAACAAGUGGCGGUCCAGACCAACCUGGCCCCUCCAAAGAAGGUCCAGUCUGGCAUGGCCAAGUCCAGUCUAGUCCAGGCCAGCGUGGCCACCAUGCAGAACCCCAUGGGCUGCGAUCCAAAGGCCAACGGUCACUGUCCGCUGCCGCGCCUGUCCAUCUCCUCCCGCUCUGCCAGUGUGGUGGCCAGCAUGGACGCCAGCUACGACGGCAUGGCUGCGGCGCUCCACUCGGUGAUGAAGUGGAAGACGGUUCUGGCGGUGUUCGUCGUGGUCCUCAUCUACCUGAUUUGUGGGGGUCUGGCAUUCCACGCGCUGGAGCAGCCGUUUGAGAGCAACCAGAAGAACAGCAUCACUCUGGAGAAGGCUUCGUUCCUGGAGAGACACCCCUGCGUUACUCCCGAUGAGCUGGAGGCUCUCAUCAAGCAUGCCAUAGAUGCUGUGAGUGCAGGAGUGAGUCCUCUCGGCGACACAGCCAACAACUCCAGCUACUGGGACGUGGGCAGCGCCUUCUUCUUUGCUGGAACCGUCAUCACAACUAUAGGUUAUGGAAACAUAGCUCCAAGCACGGAAGGCGGGAAGAUCUUUUGCAUCCUUUAUGCCAUAUUUGGCAUCCCUCUCUUUGGCUUCUUGUUGGCGGGGAUCGGAGACCAGCUGGGCACCAUCUUCGUGAAAAGCAUCUUGAGAGUUGAGAGGAUAUUCAGGCAAAAACACAAACAGAUCAGCCAGACCAAGAUCAGAGUGACGUCCACCAUCCUGUUCAUUCUGGCCGGCUGCAUCGUUUUCGUCACCAUCCCUGCUGUCAUCUUUAUGCACAUCGAGGGCUGGACCACGCUGGAGGCCAUCUACUUUGUGGUGAUCACUCUCACCACAGUGGGAAUAGGAGACUACGUGGCAGGUGGAAACAGUAGGAUCAACUACAUGAACUGGUACAAGCCACUGGUGUGGUUCUGGAUCUUGGUGGGUUUGGCGUACUUUGCAGCUGUCCUCAGCAUGAUUGGAGACUGGCUUCGGGUAUUGUCUAAAAAGACCAAAGAGGAGGUUGGGGAGAUUAAAGCUCAUGCAGCUGAAUGGAAGGCAAAUGUGCGGGCAGAGUUCCGCGAAACACGGCGGCGCCUGAGUGUCGAGAUCCACGACAAGCUCCAGCGGGCCGCCACCAUCCGCAGCAUGGAGCGCCGUCAGCUUGGCCUGGAGCAGCGGGCUCACUCCCUCGACAUGCUGUCUCCGGAGAAGCGCGCCUUGUUUGCCAGCCUGGACGCUGGCCGCUUCAAGACUUCCUCCCAGGAGAGCAUCGACACCAAGCUCAACAACCUGAGGCUGAAGGGGGCCUGUGAGCCGUACGACCAUCAGGGGAGCGAGCAAGCGCCUCAGACAGCAUCUUCCUCAGAGGAGAACCUCUUCAACCUGCGCUUCGGAUCGCUCACCAAGCUGGCCAGGCGAAACAAGAACCGCGAGCUGCGGAGGAACAUUCCUGAGUACGCCCGACGGGCGAGCGUAGGCAUAAGCAAUGGCAGUGCCAUGCUGGGCGAGGAGAGGACGGAAGAGGAAGAGGACGGGGAGCCAGAUGAGGAGAAAAAAGAGGGAAACAUCAGUCUGACAAACCUGUCGCAGUAUGCAAAGGAGCGCAGCAAGUUGAAUGGGUUCAUGCCAGUAGAGGCCAAAGAUGAAGAGAACUCCUAGACACUGUGUGGACAGAACCAGAGUGACAGAUACAGACAGAGACACAGAACGAGAGUGCAUGAGAUGUCAAGAAAUGUGCCUUUCUGUUUCCUAUGCUUCGAUUUGGAACUGCUCCCAGGAGAUUAUCGUGCCAUAGCCAUGGGAAGAAAAUGUGUUGCCAAAAAUGAAUGACUAGAAGAGACAGAAGAGGCUGUAGUCAAAUACCUCAUAUUGGAUGUUGCUGCAGAACGGGCUACAUAAGAACGCCAGUGUCUACAGGGGCUAUCUCCAGAGCUUCGUCGUCUUUCAGCCCCGAAGACACGGGCAGCGGUUAUCUGCUAAUGUAGAAUCUUAUUUUUUAACAAUGUGGGCGGGACUUCCCAAGAGCAAGCUUCAUGUCAUCCAUCUUCAGAAACACUAUCGAUCUCCGCUUUGUCAUCUCAUACUUCGUGGGGCUAUUUUUAGCCCAGCGGCCUGCGCUGAAAGGACUUCCACGCUUAAUGAGCAGAGGGCGGGAGGUUGUGUGUCUCGGCUCGAUCAAUAGACAAUACGAGCAUUUACCUAGCUGACAUGUACAAUUAUCCUUACAUGGUAUGUGACUUUGAAAAUGUAGCCCUGAGGCAUCAACUUCUGCAUACUAAGAGCUCAUGAGAAACAAACUGUUCACCUUGAUAGUGCAUGGUUAUUAAAACACGACCAUAGCAUACGACUGGCUUGCUAAAGCCUGGAGUGAAAAAAAAUGUAAUUUUUGUCAAUAAAAUGGAACUGCUUUCAUUAGUACUGCUUUCAAUAGUAUUUGGUGGUUAAAAAAAAAUAAAAAAAAAUGGAAAAACAUGUACUUCCAUAGAAAUUGGUACCGUUGUUGAGCUGGAAUUCACCCGACAGACGCACACUUCAUCACCUUUGGCCAUGAGAUUGUCAGCAAUGUUUUAAAAAAACAAACACUUUUUUUUUGUAUAUGACGGUCACUUCUGUCACAGAUGUCUUGAAAUCGCUUAAAUGACUUUUUGAUUAAACGAAUGUGAUGCUGUUGACUUUGUACUCACCAAGCAUGUUUGAAUCUGUGUUUACUCCUUUUUGAUAUCAUUCAAGCACUUGAGUUGUAUUUUUUCCAUUGAGCUGUAAACUAUGAACUGAAUAUGUUUUCCUUUUCUAUAUUUCUUUUCUGAAUGUGUUUUCCUGUAGUUCCUAGAGGUUCACUGACACAUGACCAUUUUUACUUUUACAUAACAGGCACUGGCAACCCCAAUCUGUAUUUAGCAGAAUUACAAAAUGUAUCACUGAGCGUGCGUUGCAUGCAUGUCUAAAGCUGAAUUACACACACUGGUUGUCCUUGUAACCUGUUUAUCCAACAUGAAUAUCAUUAGUCCAUCCAUGACCAUGACCUGUGAGCGACCGUUUGUUGUGUACAGCUUAUUUUAUGAACAGAUCACAUUAAAUGUAGUGAGUGCCUUUUUCCAGAUAAUAAAAAGAAAAUAAAAAUAAA